AUGUCUUGUAUUCACCACUUUGCGAUUCCUUUCUUCCUCUUCGUGUUUUUGCUUUCUUCGUCCGCUCUAGUGGAGGAGCAGCCCUUGGUGCUCAAGUACCACAACGAUCCUCUUCUCAAAGGCAACAUCACCGUAAAUCUCAUAUGGUACGGCCACUUCACCCCAACCCAACGCUCCAUAGCCGUCAACUUCGUCCACUCCCUCAGUCGCUCCCCACUCCUUAUUCCCUCCGCCUCUUCCUGGUGGAAAACCACCAGGAAAUACAAGACCGGCUCCUCCAAUCUUGUCGUUGGCACACAAGUGCUCCACCAGGCCUACACUCUCAGCAAGUCCCUCAACACCUCACACCUUGUCGCUCUCGUUGGAUCCUGGUUGAUCAGGCCACCGGGGCAAGCUACAAUGUGCACGGGGUGA